AUCAUUGCCUGUUACUAGCUUUGUUGCCAUAGCGACUUGUCAGUCAACAUUGGAAAUCAGUCAGUAACGCUAUCAGUUGUGAGUGAAAAGGUCUUUAAGAAAAUUUGGGCUGUAUAAUAUCAGCUAAAAGUUGAAAACCACAAAAAAAAACAACAUACAACAAAUUUUGGAAUGCACCUUGAAACCAACUGCAAAAAAACAAAACAAAUAAUUUGGCUUAUGCAGCACAACGAUCAUAUUUUGUUGCAGUUUUAAAUAGCUUUACUUAACAAUUGCAACAUGAUUUUAUGGAAUGGCCGAGUUGCAUAUAAUUGGACAAGUUUCAUCCGCAAAAAGUUUUAAACAAUCACAUCUAUUCUGCAAAUGGAAUUUUUACGUUGGUAAUGGUUGGAAAAUUAUAUCAGGGCGUGAAGAAGGACAAACGCAAGAAAGUUGUGAUCUUUAUACUAAUAAUCCGGUUUGGGAUCAUCCUAUAGAUUUGCAUUAUACAACUCAGACUUUACAAAAUUCUCCGAAAUUAUUACUACAAGUGUUUUGCAGAGAUAAUUACGGAAGAAUAAUAUUUCUUUCAUAUGGAGUAUACAAUGUUCCAUUAUCACCUGGUUCUUACGUUUUAAAUUGUCAUACAUGGAAACCUAUUGGUACUUGGAAAGAUAGACUAUGUGAUAAAUUCCUAGGAAAAAGUUUACAACUAAAAUCACCUAAUGUUUUAAUCAAUACAUUAGAUAGAUUUGAAAUACUAACACAAAGUAUGGGAACAGUGAUUGUUCACUUACAUGUCUUGACAAGAAAUUUUGAGAAAUUUGGAUGUCAGAUGUGAACAAAUAAUUGU